AUGGAAAAAGCUACUAUCCUCGACCAUGAAUUCAUCUAUGAUCGAGAAAAAGAGGUCGAAGCAUUUGAACAAACUAAGGCUGGAGUUAAAGGGCUCAUCGACAAGGGUAUAUCGAGCAUACCUCGUUUCUUUGUUCACCCACAAGAAAAUCUAUCGUCGAAUAGCGAUUCAUGCCUUCCAGUAAAGUUCCCGGUGAUAGAUUUUGGUGAUGACGGAUGUAGGGAAGGUUCAGAGAUAGUAAAGGAUAUACGAAAUGCUUCACAAACGUGGGGGUUUUUCCAGCUUGUAAAUCACGGGAUCUCAUUGGAAGCGAUGGAGGAAGUGUUGGAAGGUAUUCGAAAGUUUCACGAACAGGCUACACACGAGAAAACUAGGUUCUACACGCGUGAUCUUACGCAAAAGGUUCGAUAUUAUUGCAAUGGAGAUCUCUUGGUAUCUAGAGCUGCUAAUUGGAGGGAUUCUAUAAGUUGUGAGUACCAAGAUGGUGAUUUGAACCCUGAAGAACUGCCUCUUAUUUGCAGGGAAGCAAUAACCAGGUAUAUGGAAAACAUACUAAUACUAAAGAAAAAGCUAUCUGAGGUACUAUCAGAGGCUUUAGGGCUUCACAAAGAGUAUCUAGCAAAGAUAGAAUGCAUGGAAACUGCAAACUUGGUGUGCCACUACUAUCCGGCAUGCCCAGAACCACACCUAACCUUAGGCGCAACAAAGCAUUGCGAUCCAUCCUUCAUGACGAUUCUCCUACAAGACAACAUUGGUGGCCUCCAAAUCUUACACGAGGGUCAAUGGAUCAAUGUUCAACCUCGGCCAGGGGCUUUAGCAAUCCAUCUCGGAGAUUUAAUGCAGUUGAUCACAAAUGCAAAGUUCAAAAGCGUUGAGCACCGAGUGCGUCUAGGGAAAAACUGUCCAAGGGUAUCAGCUGCAUGUUUCUUCUAUCCGAGCACCAAGAAGAAAAACGAAAACUACAAGCCAAUAGAGGAGAUUCUAUCAGAAAACAGUCCGUUGUAUAGGGGAACAAGCGUCACCGAAUAUCUAGCCUACUAUCGGACGAAAGGGCUUAAUGGCCAACCAGCCCUUCCCCAUUUUGAGUUAUAGAUAAACUCGAUUUUGCAUCAAAUCAUAGUUUCUUUACCACUUAUGUUAAGAGUCAAAUAAAUAACAAUUGUAGUAAAAGAAAGCGCGGUGACUUCAGAUGCAUAGCUAAAAGCCUAAAAGAUUUACCGAUUAGAGCUAAACAUGUAUGGGUGUAUGGUCAGACCACGUUAAGAACCAAUAAUUGUGCAUGGGCGGGGCUUGGGGCUUGGGGCUGGAGUCAGGGUAGGUCCAUGAUUAGCAGUUCAUGAUAUAAUAUGAACGAAAAAGACUAGCCGAGUAUUAGAGAAAAGAGAGUGAAAUCAAAAUGCGCACAUAAGAUUCAUUAACAAGUUGUAAAGUGUUACAUGGGCCAGGCGGGUUACAAUUCUCACCCAAAAAUAAAAAAGAAGAUUCAAAACA